AUGCCCAUGUCUCGCCCGUCCAGCCCGCCAAUACGUCCUCCCGCCAACGGCAUCGGUCUGACUCUGGCAGGCGACGAAGCGAGAGACGGCUCCGUGCCCCAACUGAUGACAGUCGUCGAUGACGGAAAGAAGAUCCCCUACGGCCCUGGGUUCUACGUGCCACCGCCUGGGCUUCCGGCUUCCGCGUUCACAGACCAGGACAACAUGAGGAUGAGGAGCCGAGACGACGCAUCUCCUCGCAAGCAGAAAGGAGCAAAUGGCCGCCAUUCGUCCGUGACCGGCGCUCGCACGCCUUCAACAUGUCCCUCCUCGGUCUCUUCGCACGGCGGCAGAUACGUUCCCGACUACGGUCUCGAUUCGGACACUGAGAGCGACUACAUGAAGCGCGGCAUCAAGCACCCGCACGCCGACUGGACAGAUCGGGUGUUGGAUGGUCUGAUCCACAGCCCCCUGCUCGACGAGCCGAAAUUGCAUCGUUGA